UUUAUUGGAGUUUCCUAUAUAAACCCAUACAUCCUGAAAGGCAUCACCUCAAAUUCCCCAUGGCUUACCCUCUUCUCCUCGCAGCACUACUUACCUUGCUCGUAGCAGCAAUUCUCCAACUCCUUUACAGACACUACAGGUACUACUCCACCUACAACCUGCCUCCAGGCCACCUGGGCAUACCCAUCAUCGGCAGAACCUUCUCCCUCCUGCGUGCCUUCAGCACCAACUCCGAUGACCAGUGGUUCAGGGACCGGAUCAACAAGUAUGGGCCGGUGUCUAUGCUUACGCUGCUGGGCUCGCCGACAGUUCUGCUGGCCGGGCCUGCGGCCAACCGGUUCAUAUUCAGCAACGACGGUCUGAUACUAACGCAGACAAGUGCCCUGAGAGCCCUUGUAGGUCGGUCCGUGCUGACGCUGGCCGGGGUUGAGUUGAAGCAGGUCCGCGGCGCGCUGCAGGGGUUCCUGAAGCCGGAGAUGGUGAGGAGGUAUGUGUGCAAGAUUGACCACGAGGUCAGGAGCCAUGUCGAGCUCAACUGGGUUGGUCGCGACAUCGUGACGGUCUUGCCAACCGUGAGGCGUCUUGCACUUGGCAUCAUCUGUUCGGCUGUCUUGGGCCAAGAGGCAGCCCAUUUUAAAGAAAGCCUUUGCACUGAUUUCGUCACUCUUGGGAAGGCCAUCUUAUCAUUUCCCGUGAAGAUACCUUUCAGCAGGUUCAGCAAGGGCAUGACUGCGAGCGCGAAAAUUAGAAAGGCUAUCACAAAUAUUGCCCAAAAGAAGCAAGAAUCACUGUUGCACGCAGGCCAUGGCGCUGCUGGCAAUGAUUUCAUCACAUACAUGCUCAUUCUUUGCUCUCAAGGUGUCCACUCCCUCACAAUGGAGGACAUUGUGGAUAAUGCGAUGAGUCUCAUCGUUGGGGCGCACGAGACAUCGUCUGUUCUUAUCACCUUCAUGAUCCGUUAUCUUGCCGAACAGGAUGAGAUUGCAUCGAACAAGAAACCAGAGGAUGCUCUUACCUGGGAUGAUGUUGCAAAGAUGAAGUACACCUGGAAAGUUGCAAUGGAGACACUUAGAACAGUUCCUCCUGUAUUUGGUAGCUUUCGGACAGCUACCAAAGACAUUGAGUACCAGGGCUACCACAUCCCAAAAGGCUGGAAGGUCUUCGCCGCGCAAAGCGUCACACAUAUGGAUGCACAGAUCUUUCAUGAGCCUCACAAUUUUGAUCCUACUCGGUUUGAGAAAUUUGUUCCACCAUAUUGCUACAUGCCAUUUGGUGGAGGUCCCAGAAUGUGCCCUGGGAAUGAGUUUGCCAGGGUAGAAAUCAUGGUGGCCAUGCACUAUCUAGUGAGGCAGUUCAGGUGGAAGAUCAUGUGUAAAGAAGAAACAUACAAGAGGGAUCCAAAGCCAACGCCUAGCCUUGGACUUCCAAUCAAACUCAACAUAAGAUCCAUGCCCUAAUUAAGUCUUGGCUCGAAUGUAUAUUGAAAUACUUACAUGUUGUUUAUAGUAAUAGAAAGUUUAUCUUCCAUUGAAAUAUAUAAUUCUUACAUCA